AUAUCCUAAUUUUACACUUCAUAUUUUGUUUCCUGAGUGCAACCUGCCUUAUUCAUAAUCCUUACUUGUGUUCUCUGUUCUUUUUCCUAUACAUAGAGUGGAUGCCAAAACCCUUCGAGAUGUGUUUUCCACCAGCUAUCAACACUGCCUUUGUGCCCGCUGCUGCUAGGAUGCUAUUUCUGAUGGCCCUGGCAUGCGCCAGCCCUUUUCUAGAAUUUCGAGAAGAAGAACCUGCAAGAUCUCUUAACGUGGCCAUAAUUUUUAGCGGUACCUCUUACCAACCGAAGAAUGCCAGCUUUGAACCCUCAGCUUUCCGCAAUUUUUCUAUGGAAGUGAAUCCAGUUUCAGUAAUACUUAAUGACACAAACCCUCGCAGCCUUAUCCUGCAAAUAUGUGAUGUUCUGUCCAGCCUGCGCAUUCAUGGCAUUGUUUUUGAAGAUGAUACAAGAACAGAGUCUGUGGCUCAGAUACUGGACUUUAUUUCUGCACAAACAUCCAUGCCCAUCAUUGGAAUUAAUGGAGGAUCUGCAAUUGUGCUUACACCAAAGGAAAAAGGUUCAACCUUUCUGCAGCUGGGAGCAUCCACAGAGCAGCAACUUCAAGUCAUCUUUGAGGUGUUGGAAGAAUAUGAUUGGACAGCAUUUGCGGUUAUUACUACUCUAUUUCCUGGCUAUGAAGACUUUGUGGAUUACAUUGAGCUACUUACUGACAGCAGUUUUAUUGGCUGGGAAAAUCGAGGUAUUCUUACCCUCAAUCUGACUGAUGAUCCCAAUGGUGCCAAACUCAAGAGGCAACUGAGAGAGAUAACGGUGCAAGUACGUCUUCUGUACUGUUCUAAGGAUGAAGCAGAUGGGGUUUUCAAGGCUGCUCGUGAAGCUGGAUUGACUGGACCGGGUUACAUAUGGUUUAUGGUGGGAACCAACUUGGGUGGUACAGAUUACAUGCCCGAGCAUUUGCCUGUGGGUUUGUUUACAGUUUUGUCUGCUGGAUGGAAAGAUGACAUACUCCGUAGAGUCCAAAAUGGAGUUGCAAUCAUUGCAAAAGGGGCAGAGGCGCUAUACAAAGACUUUGGAUUCAUACCAGAAUUUAACAAUGAUUGUAGAGCACCAAACCGUACACAUGGGAAUGAAAACCUACACAGAUAUUUCAUGAACAUCUCCUGGGGAGGAAAGGACUUCUCAUUUAAUGAAGAUGGGUACCUCAUCAAUCCUGCACUGGUGGUGAUUGCUCUCAACAAGGAGAGGAACUGGGAGGUGGUUGGAAUCUGGGAACAUGGUGACCUAAGGAUGAAAUACCCAGUGUGGUCUCGUUAUGGGAAGUUUUUGCAGCCGGUGGACGAUGAUCAGCAUUUAACUGUGGCAACACUAGAAGAGCGACCAUUUGUAAUUGUUGAAAGCGUGGAUCCUGCAACUGGAACCUGCAUUCGAGAUUCUGUGCCCUGCCGCAAGCAGCUCAACAAGACAGACAAUCAUAUAACAGACCCCAUUAUAUUUGUAAAGCAAUGCUGUAAGGGAUUCUGCAUAGAUAUUCUUAAACGCCUCGCAAAAACCAUUGGCUUUACAUAUGACCUUUAUCUUGUGACCAAUGGCAAGCAUGGGAAGAAAAUCGAGGGAGUAUGGAAUGGAAUGAUUGGAGAGGUGUUUUACCAGCGUGCUGAUAUGGCCAUUGGUUCGCUUACAAUAAAUGAAGAACGAUCUGAGAUUAUCGACUUUUCAGUGCCCUUUGUGGAAACAGGAAUAAGCGUAAUGGUCUCCAGGAGCAAUGGAACUGUGUCCCCAUCAGCAUUUUUAGAGCCAUACAGUCCCGCUGUCUGGGUCAUGAUGUUUGUCAUGUGUCUUACCGUGGUUGCUGUGACUGUUUUCAUCUUCGAGUAUUUCAGCCCUGUUGGAUAUAACCGAAGCCUCUCCACAGGAAAGUGUACAGGAGGUUCAAAGUUCACUAUUGGCAAGUCCAUCUGGCUACUCUGGGCUCUGGUUUUUAACAAUUCUGUGCCAGUGGAAAACCCAAAAGGUACCACAAGUAAAAUAAUGGUUCUCAUCUGGGCAUUCUUCGCAGUAAUAUUUCUGGCCAGCUACACUGCCAAUCUGGCUGCUUUUAUGAUCCAGGAGGAGUAUGUGGAUACCGUGUCGGGACUCAGCGAUAAAAAAUUUCAGAGACCCCAUGAGCAGUACCCACCUUUGAAGUUUGGUACAGUACCCAAUGGGAGCACAGAGAAGAACAUUCGGAGUAACUACCCAGACAUGCACGCCUACAUGAUUAAGUACAACCAGCGACAUGUAGAAGAUGCUCUACAGAACCUGAAAACAGGGAAACUGGAUGCAUUUAUUUAUGAUGCGGCAGUGCUGAACUACAUGGCUCGAAAAGAUGAAGGAUGUAAACUGGUGACCAUCGGCAGUGGAAAAGUCUUUGCCACGACAGGUUAUGGCAUUGCUCUGCAGAAAGGUUCCAAGUGGAAACGCCCUAUUGAUCUUGCAUUGCUGCAAUUUCUAGGAGACGAUGAGAUUGAAAUGCUGGAAAGGCUUUGGUUAUCAGGAAUUUGCCACAAUGACAAGAUUGAAGUGAUGAGCAGCAAGUUAGACAUUGACAAUAUGGCGGGUGUUUUCUACAUGCUCCUUGUAGCAAUGGGAUUGAGUUUGCUUGUGUUCGCAUGGGAGCAUCUUAUAUACUGGAAGUUACGUCACUGCAUGAGACAUUCUGGGAGACUCGACUUCUUGAUGGCAAUUAGCAGGGGCAUGUAUAGCUGUUGCAGUGCUGAGGAUCCAAAGGCUAUAGACCAACAACUUCCAACUUUAAAUCAUUGCUAUCCACCACAAAGAAUACCAGCCCUAUCAAAUUCCAUUGCUCCACCUCCACCACCAUCUGCUCCUUUACCAUGUUCCAACUUUUUGCCACGGGAAAGGAGGAUAGUUGAGAGGUGGCGACAUGCUCGCAGCCCUAACUGCUACAAAGAUAUGUAUACUCCAACUCGGUCUGCCCUUGACCCCAGCAGUAAGGUAGCUCCCCCUCGCCAUUCUCAUAAGAACACAUUUUCUGAUGGAUUUCAUAGGUAUUAUGGUCCUAUUGAGCCUGAAGGUCUCUCUGAUCAUCUAGUGGAGUCUGGACAAGCUUUUAGCAAAGACAAAAAGAUGGCACCCUGUCAGAUGUCACCUCCAACUCAAAGAGACUUCCUAGAAAACCCACCAUCUUAUUUUGCCAUUGUGCGAGAAAAAGAUGCUCCAGAACCACCAGGAUGGCAGUCAAAAGUUUCACGAGGUCUUUAUGAAAACUACCAAACAGGAAAGGAAAGGACUCCAAAGUCUACAGGUGGGGCACGGGGUAGUCGAACACCUGAAACAGCAGCAAAAAAGUUUGACCACUUGGGCAGUAGUUAUCAAAAGAGCACAUGUGAAAUGGAAUGUGAGGUAUAUAGUGGUGGAGGUCAGAAUCCUAGCACAAAUCGUCCCAACAAAGCCAGUGUGGAGGUAUGUGAUGGAACCCAUUAUGGCGGUCAUUCAAGGUUUACUUAUGAAGAUGAGAGAAGUUGUGGAAGAGAUUGUCAUCAUCGUCGAGAGGAAAUGGAAAUGGAAUCCCAACCCCUACUGCAUAAAAAAUCGAAUCGGUCUCAUAUGUGCAGGAGCCAUUCUCACCCUCUUGUUAUGAGCCCCAGCAAAAACAAAUAUGUUGAUCUUUCAGAUUCCGAUUCAGAUGUGUGUGAGAGGGAACCACCAUGUGUGAAAUCUGACAUUGGACACAACUGUUGGUACUCACCAAACUACUUCUGCACAUACCCAUCUAGAGAACGAGAAACAUCCUCUGCACCUAGAAAACCAAUGAGGUACUGGUCAGUCGAUAAGAUUGGUAAACAUCGCCAGUUGAGCAAAGAUUAUCUUCCAGCCACUUGCCAUGGUUCAUGCUAUUGCAAUAGUUUGGAAGUGUUGCAACCACACUGCCACAAGGAGCCAAGAUACGUCAGCUGCUCGGAUGAAAAGCUUGAAAGGCGAUUAGAUUGGGAACACUUACGUGGAGGUCACUGCUCUUUCCUCCACCACCAUCACCAUUCUUGUGACUUAGCCCCCAUACAUCCCACUUCCCGCAGUUUGGAGGACCUAAGCAGAUGUCAUCUGAGGUGUCACAGACACAUCUUUUCUCCAGAAUGCCAACCUAGGUCAAGUCAUAGUGGAACCCUUUAUAAAAGAAGGGGGUCUGCACACUUCUCUAGCUUGGAGUCUGAAGUAUGACUAGAGGAGGAACCAACGCAUUUGAAGACCACCUAUGUUUAAUGUUGGGAAACAUAUCUAUGUUCUAUAUAAGUUGAAACCAAAACUUAUAAUAAACUCAGAUACAGUUAUGAAAGACUUCAUGUUUAUGUGGGCCAUAUUAUUAGAUUACAAAACUGAACUAGAAUUUCCUAAGUAAACACCAAGAAUAUUUUUGAUUGCAAAGUUCAACUGCAGCUUUGCAUAAAGUGGAAGAUGUUUUCCAAGAACCUUAUGUUUAAUACCUUCUGGCUGGACCAGCAGAAUGACCCAUUUGUAACCAGGUUGUGGAGAAAAGUGCGCUGAAAAAACAGGAUAGUUCAACCAGCAUCAUAAAAAGGUCAUCUUGAAGGCCACGUAGCCUAUUGUCAUCGAUCUGUUUGCUCAGUGUACUGGGGACAUUGAGAUUUGGUACAAAAGUGUGUGAGGGGUGGAAUGAAAUUAAGGAAAUUGAAAUUGUGGACACCAUUUUAUUAGACUUUCCUGCUUUUACUUUUGACGAAAUGUUAAGGGCUUAUUUAAACAUUUGUAACACUUUUAAGCACACUGCAAUAGAUACAUAGUUGUGACUAGAUACUAUUAGUAAACUUAUAUAAUUAUUUAGUCAUAGUAUUCUUAGAUAAACUUUUCUUUUCUCUGUUAUUUCUCAGCCAAGACAAGAAAAGUCAUUCGGCUGCAUUGUGCUUCUUAGCUUCAGAACUGACAUUUUAAUGUAUAAUAUCAAAUAUAUAAAGUAAGAUAUGUUAGUUGUAAAGAUUCUUUUUUAUAUAUAUUUUCAUUUUUAAUUUGGAGACAAAACUGUGAUAUAUAUCUAUAUAUAAAUCCUAAGAGGAAGAUCCAAGAUUUUAAAAAGCCCUAAGUUCCUUCAAAAUCACAGUACAUAUUUUAGUUUUUACAUCUUGUAAACACUGUAGCAUUGUUAUUGUUAGGGUAAUAAGACUACUGUUGUCUAGUUUUUGAAAGGCAAGUUGCAGUCUUGAUGGAAUUGUUCUUUUAUUUUUAUUUUUGUCAACCAUGAAACAGCAGUUGAGUAGACAAGAGAGAUUAUUGUCAUUCAGUCUGGUAGAAUUCAAAGCCAUUGGCUUUUUCAGGUGAAUCCUCUGACUUUGUGCUAGUAGUCCCCUACCAGUAGCUCAUGGAGCCAAAUGUGGCUCUUAACUUCAGUUGAUGCUUACAGUAGCAGUGGAUACUCUGUACUUGCCUGCUCAAGAAUUUGUGUACCAUACACAUUAUACAGGGUGCAUUAUACAGGGUGCAACCCAGGCAGAAAAUGUGUACAUUAAACAGAAUCAGUCACCUCCUAAAAAAACAAUAGAGUCAUAGCACUUAGUGCACAGGUGACAUGCUAUGCUUGCUCUUUUCCUCUUCUACCUGAAGGAGGGGCAAAUAAAUCCAAACAAACAAAUCCAAUUAUGUACUAUGCAUAUUCUGCCUGUGUUCAGGUUCUCAGGUGAUGAGGGCCAUUGUCAAUGCAGCUGAAUACAUUCAGCUUCACUGAUACAAAACUCAUUCUUAUAGUGCACACUUUCCAGUACACAUAUAGGCAGAAUAUGUUACCAGAAUUUAGCACAAAUAUAGUAGGGUUGAUGUACUCCACUGAAUUUUUCCAAUUAUCUUAAGCAAAGAUUUCUAGAGUGCUGUUUUUACAUACCUAGUUUAAUGUCAUGUGGCUCUUAAGCUGACAGAUACAUUGGCUUCUGCUCUAUGCUCACAUUGGAGCACAUGAUUUUGUAUUCCUGCCAUUGAUUGCCUAUAUUUUUGUAGGGAGCUAAGGCUGCUCGUAUACUGAAUAUCACCCAUACUUGCACUACAGAAUGGUAAUACAUGAGCCUGAAUUAUGCAUAACAUUUGCACAUAUUUUAAGUGUAGAUAAGUGUAAUUAGAUGGGACUACAUGGUACAUUUGACUAUCCAUAAUGAAUUUCAGAAAGAUUUGCGCAUGUGUAAAUCCCUCUUAUACAAGGUACAGUUUUUACUAGACAAUAGAAAUCUAUGUAACAUCGCACACAAGCAAAUUCAUAAUUCUGUGUCCACAAUUUCUACAGCAAAUUUACAAACACAAACAUUUAUAAUGCUGCUGAAAUACUAAAAAUGUGGUAAAAAAAUGCACAUGCAAUAUUUUUGCUAUCUGUACCUGAUUUAAUUUACACUUUUAGCACUGUGACCUCCUAAGUGCCACACAAUUCAAAUGAAUGUCAGGUUUUGAGCAUAUUUGUGGGUUUGUGGGAAUUUAGAGUAUAUUUAAAGGAUUUUUUUUAAGUUUUAUUCCACCCAAAUAAAAAAGCCUAUAAUUUAGGGCUAUUUUCAGGUGUUAAUAAAAUACUUUUUCCCCCAUACUACCUUUAAAAAUGGAGUUAAAAAAUAGAACUUAGAGAUUACAUUAAGUGUCACAUUUAUUUGGAAUAAAAAAUGACCUAAAUUGUGAAGGACCCAAAUAGUCACCAAUAUUUCUUGUACUAUACUUGCAGAUGAUCUUUCACCAUUACGGACUUACUGUACUUUAUUAUGCGCUGUAUCUCGGAAUGAAGGCAGCCAUCUUGGUGGAGGCUUUGCUUUCUCAUAUCAGAGCUGUCACCCUGAUGCUUUAUGAUCUGUUAACUGGUGAGGGAUUAUUUCAGAAGCACAGACUCUAUGGUGCAGAAUCAGGGAGAUCAUUACACUGCAGCUACAUAGUUACAUAAUUAGUUGAAAAAAGACUCAAGUCUAUCCGGUUUAAUCAAUCUGUUCAACCAAGUUAAACCAGUCAGCUUCCAUGCUAUUAAAGAGAAGGAAAACCUUUAUUUUUUUUGUAAAAAAACAUCCUGAAAGGCGAAGGCAUAAUGAUCUAGUAUGCAUAGCAUACUAGCUCAUUAUGAAGUAUUUACCUGAGAUCGAAGCCCCUGCAGCGGUGCUCGGUCACCUCCUCCUUCAGUGCCAUCUCUCUACGAGUCACUUCCGCAUAUCGCGGUUCCGGCGCUAUAACAGGCCGGAGCCGCAAUGAUGUCACUCCCGUGUGCGUGUGUAUGCCGCCAAUAACGGCAUGAUCGUCGUCAGUGCGCCUGCGCGCCAUUGUCUA